GUUCCGCCACUGCGCAUCAUUAGAUCGCCUCAAGAUCUUCAUCGCGAAAGGGGUCGAUUUCCUAGCAGACAACUUCGCGAGAUGCUUAAGCCAAACAGCCGAGAAAAACAGAGCGUUGGCCUCGAUUAAGCUGAUGGUGUGGGCGCUGCACCACAUUAAACCGCUGCACAUAAACCCAACUCGAGUUGACAAACCCGUUGGCCAUGCGUACUCGGACGCUGCCCUUGAGGACGUGCAAGGUCUCAACGAGAAGCUGAAACGUGGGCAGUUCGACAACCUCCAUGAUCACAAGAUGUCAAUUGGCGCUUACAUCAACCUCCCACAGGGCGCACGCUUUUUCCGCUUAAAGCUGAACUCAUUGCCCCGCUUCCUCGCCGGCGAGUACAUGCACAUAGGCAUAUUGGAAGCGUUAGCAGUGAACGUUUCCACAUUCAUUUGGGCACACCUUCUCCGAGACUACUUUCUCAUUCAGCACGUGGAUAACUUAGGCGACGUUUUCGCGCUAUGCGCGAACAGCACUAGAUGCCCACGCACUCAGAAACUCAGUGCGAGCAUCCAUCAGAAAAUCCAAG